AUGGACUGCGAGUCCGUGAGCUUCGCCCACAACAACUUGGAGAUCGACAUCAACAACAUCAUCUACCCCGUGACUCCGGGGGAGCAGAUCUACGUGGCAAUCACCCAGAACGUGAGCCCCGCCGAUGAUCCUCGGACACUGAAGCCGGGCACCUGCACGGCCUACGACCAUGACCCGCGGCUGCUGGGCCGGUCUGUCAUGGACCAGUUCGACUACGUGAUGUUCGGCAAGGUCUACAAGAAGGAGCUGAAGAAGGACGACAACUUGGCGGUGCGCGUGGGUUGA